GUCUUCAAUAUGGCGGAUUGAAAAGUUGCCAAAACAAUUCCCAGAUAAGAAUUGAUAGAAAACAAUGUUUACGCCAUUGUUUCAUUCAAAACAAUAGUGCUUAUAUUUGUGGCUUAUAAUUCACUAUUAUUUACUCCGUCUAAAGAAAGCCAGAAGUGGUUUCUUUGACGUAUCCAUCUAGAUUCAACUCGUAUUCUGUAUAAAGAAAAUGAGCAGUACCAGGGACUUCCCAGGUGUUAGUUCACCAGCUAUGGAAUCAACAGUGUCUGAUGAUACACCGGUUGCCAGCCCAAGGGAGGGGCCUUUCGACCAGUCCCAGUCACAGAAGCUUGAGGGCGUCACACAGAUACAUGCGGCUGCUGUGAACGGGGACAAGGCCUGGCUUGCAAGAGUCAUAACGGCCAACAUUGGAACUGGCCUACUGGACGCCGGGGACCAGUUCGGCCGCACACCCCUGAUGUUUUGUGUGCUGGCUGACCGACUGGAGUGUGCUGAACUACUGCUGAAGGCUGGGGCGCAGACCAACAUGAAGGACAAAGGGGGAAGGACCGCCCUUCACUGGGCAGCACACAAGGGUAAUGUUCGCCUGAUUAAGCUGUUGCUAUCGAAGGGUGCUGACUGCCAUAUGAAGGAUAACGAAGGCCAGACCGCUGUACACCUGUGUACAAGGCACAAGUCACCCAAGUGCAUGACUCUGUUGCUACGGCAGCUGUCACCGGGGGAGAUUGAUGAUCAGGAUAGAAACAAGAGGACAGCAUUACACUGGGCUGCAUCCUAUGGGAAUUUAGAACACGUGAACAUGCUGAUCAAGCAGGACUCGAACAUAGGCAUCCCCGACAUUGAGGGAAAAACGCCACUCCACUGGGCAGCCAGUAGUCGAGAUGCAGAGGCUGUCAACUGCGUCAGGCUUAUUUUGGUCGCUGUUGACAACUGCAAUGUUUCUGCCCUGGACAACAUGUUCAGGACCCCUCUACACUGGGCUGCUGUACUUGGUCAUUCAAAGAUCGUAUCACUGCUGCUGGACAACAAGGCGGAGUUCUCAAGUUCAGACCAGAACGGGGCCACACCUUUACACUACGCAGCGCAAAACAACUUUGACGAGACGGUUGAAGUGUUUCUGUCUCGCGCCAAUGUGACAGACGAAGCAGACGUGGAGGGCAGGACGGCGUUCAUGUGGGCAGCGGGCAAGGGGGCGGACCAAGUGUUGGAGACCUUCCUCAAACACAACGUGGACAUACAGCAGGUCGACAAGAACGGCGGCACAGGUUAACUCCAAUCCAGUACGCGGCGUACGGUGGAUACGUCAACUGUAUGUCAGUACUCCAGGAGCACAAAGCAGACCCUAACGCCAAUGACUGUGAGGUAAUGACUGCCCUUCCCUUGGCCUGCAGUAAAGCUCAUCUAGUUCUGGGAAAACUUUAAAUGUGUAAAGUGUCAUCCCAGAUUAGCCUGUGUGGACUGCACAUGCUAAUCCAAGACUUUCUCAAAUGCAUUAAGCCCCCGUUGUCCCAGAAUGAGGCUCACAUAUAAGAUAAGUAUAUUUUUUGUAAACAACUAGCAAACACGUUAGACCAUAUUCUUUGCAUAGAAUGAAUGCUCAUCACAGACACAUUCCUUUUAUUUGGAUUUUUUUUAUAAACUACGGAACAUAUUCUUGCAAGGGAUGACUGCUCUCUAUUGGGCAUGCAGUAAAGGUCAUCUGGACGCUGUGAAAAUGCUCAUUGAGUACAGAACAUAGCCCAACCACAUGUUGUUCACAGAGGAAAGGUACAAUCAACUACCCUACGCAUUGAUGGUGUAUUACCUCUCAGUUCAGGUACACUCCACUGGACUACGCACUGAUGGGUAAACAUCAUGAGGUGGCUCAGUUUCUCCUGGAGCAGGAAGCGCUUUCCAUAGCAGGUAAAUAGGGGCCGGCAUUGGGGUCUAUCACAGGUUAAUAUGGGUGUAAAAGCCGUUCUUCACAUGUACAUAGAGGCUGAAAAGGAGGUCAUAAGGGGUCCAUGACAUGUAAAUAGGGUUGAAAAAAAUGAUCCAUGACAGGUAA